AUGAAGACUCGCAACGCCUACAGCGCGAAACAAAACGGUUUCAUGUUGUUAUGGAACCACCGAUAUCUCGUGAUGCUCAUUUUCAUCGCGACAUACAUCUCGCUUGAAUUGUUUUACAGUAUUAGGGAAGAUGUAAAUUCUUUUUGUCGAAAAAUCCCGACACGCAUGGGCUCUGAUCUUGAUCGACAACUCACAACGAUCCCUCUCUUUACGACCACCUACACCAGAAAUCACUACCAUCACUAUCAUCACUACCACAAAACUCCUCCUCAGGGUAAUCUCAAAGAUUUCAACUACCCCUCACCUCUAAAUGAUUCUCAACCAAACCUUAAAUUCUGCUCCGACUCCGACAAAUGUAAAUUCCUCUUUCCCUAUCAACCGUCGUCCUACAAAAGUUCAAAAUCCAUUCAGAUUCAGUUCUUCACUUACGUGAAUCUCGCUCAAAUACUGAACCUCACGGUGGUAUUACCAUCAAAUGAGUAUAACGCAUCCGUUCUAAAAAAGUUAUUCCCGAACGUACGGUUCAUAGGACAACACGAAUUUAGACUGUGGAUGAACUCGAGAAUUCGCAAACCAAGCAUAAUUCACGAGUUCAUUGCCAUUUGGGGUAGUAAGGUGGAAAGUGUCGAGGUGUUGAAUAAGGAUCAUCCGGAUUUUUUUAUCCACGAGUGGUCUGAGAAACUCGAUUUUGCUCUUUUCGGUAAAAACCGCGUGAAAGAUCGCGAUGGCAUCAAUGAUCAUGAACGAGUGACAUUCAAGAAAAUAAAUUUGGGGUUAAAAAGCCUUUCAUCAAAAAAAUCCGUUAAACGGACAACGCAAUUUUUACUGGACGAGCUGAAAAACAAUGAUGCCGAAGUAUUAUUGCUGGCCCAUGACUUGAAAUUCGAUGAGUUUACCAAUGCCUUUUCGGCCAUCAAAGACUCGAAAGAUUACGUGUCAGUGGAAAAGAUCGACGAGAUCUGCAAUAAAGGAAAUUUGCAGAAACAAUAA